AUGGCGAGACAUUCCCAUGUAUUGCAAAAAGAAGCUGUCGUCCAGCACAUCGAUAAAGCCCAUAACCUGAAAGUUCAACUGCCUGAAGGGGGCAUGGAAUCUUUGGCAACAGCCAUUCGUUUCGUCACGCUGAACUGCCAAACACUAUCGAGUGAACUCCAACAAGCCGCUCUAUCCAGUCUUCUGCGAUAUCUCGGUGUGCCUUUUGCUGUAUUACAGGAAACACGCAUGAGAGAUCGGCCCGUCAUCAGCACCGAAAAUUACACCGUAUACUGCGGCGAUGCUGAUGAGAACAAAGUAGGUGGCUGUGCGAUGUGA